UUUCUUUUUUUUGUUUGAGACAGGGUCUCACUCUGUCGCCCAGGCUGGAGUGCAGUGAUGUGGUCUCGGCUCACUGCAACCUCCGUUCAAACGAUUCUCCUGCCUCAACCUCCUAAGUAGCUGGGAGUACAGGCAGGCACCACCACUGCUGGCUAAUUUUUGUAUUUUUAGUAGAGACAGGGUUUCACCAUGUUGGCCAGGCUGGUCUCGAUCUCCUGACCUGCCAGGCUGGAGUGCAGUGGCAUAAUCUUGGCUCAUUGCAACCUCUGCCUCCUGGAUUCAAGUGAUUCUCCUGCCUCAGCCUCCCAAGUAGCUGGGACUACAGGCACCUGCCACGACGCCCGGCUAAUUUUUUGUAUUUUCAGUAGUGACAGGGUUUCACCAUGUUGGCCAGGAUGGUCUUGAUCUCUUGACCUCGUGAUCCACCUGCCUUGGCCUCCCAAAGUGCUAGGAUUACAGGCGUGAGCCACUGUGCCCGGCCAUAUGUGUUUAAUAACCCAGUUUGUCUCUUCUUGCCUUCAGGACGUCAAACGGUCAUGCAACUAGAGCCUCGGACCAUGGCCUCUUCUGCUGGGCACCCUUAGAUAGGCCUCUGAGGGAGAUCUGAUUGCCAUUUUCCCAAAACAGUGCCCCCUAUCAGCACAAAGCAGUUAAGAUCUGUCUUUGUCCCUAUUCUUAUACUAAUGGCAGUUAGAUGGACUUCUUUAGAGCGGGCAAUGAGCCAGAUGGGAAGGGUUCCCUGGUAAAACUCCAACUGGCCUGUGCACUGCUCUGGGGUGGAGCCACAGAAGUUGGCUCCUCAGUUUGCAGCUGGGAGGAGCCCGGCCCUCCUCUUCCUCGGUAGAACCUGGGAUUUAAUCUGUGAGGUGGGAAGCCUACAACUAGGAGAACUCUGGCUCUGCUGAGUCCCUGUUCCCCUUUUUCUUCCUUUACACCCAGUAGAACCCUGCCUUACCCUUCAAAUUGUCUGCGAGCCUAAUCUUUCCUGGCGUGUGACAAGGACCUCCACUGUCCUUAGCUGAACUAAGGAAAAGUCCCGCAACAAUUUCAUGUGUGCCUUUGUAUUUUUAUUACAUAUAUAGAUGUCCCUAAACAACAUACAUUAUUGUUUUGCUUUAUAUAAGUUAUUAAAAAGGCAUUCUGCAAUUUGCAUUUUCCCCAGCCUUGUGUUUUGAGAUUCAUCCAUGUGGAUGCGGGAAGCUGUAAGAGCACUUCCCCUGCUGUGGGGCACUUUGUUUUCUCGCUGGCGGACAUUCAGCUUGUUGACAAGGUUUUGCAAUUACAAGCACCUCUGCUACAGGUAUAAAUGUACCUGUCCCUUAUACCUGCGAUAGCGUCUCCCGGCAUACAGCCAGGAAUGGGUGUGCACACUCCUCGACCUGCUACCUUCCACUUCGUCAGCCUGGCCGGGGGCUCUUUCAAGAGGCGGGGCCGCUUGGUGGCUUCUAAGUCGUGCCUCUCCCUCUGGGUAAUAAACGCCUUGGGGGCAGGGACUCUGCAGUCUUGCUUACUGAAGCGUUUUCCAAAACAGGGACCGAGGGCUCUGAUACCUGCGCAGAGGGUGGCCGGCGGGCGCGGGAGUUUGGCAGAAUGCGGCUGGGGAAGGUGGGGCGGGGGAGGAAGGCUCCUGGCCUGCAGGGGCCUCUCUUCGGGCCGUUCCUCCUCCUGAAGACAAACACUCCCAACGCAGGGGCGCAGAGCUGCGGCUUCUUUCCUGGCCAGCUCCCCCACGGAAGGGCCUAGCAUGGCCCGGCCCAGCCCCUGGGUUUCCCCGCCCACGGCUCCCGGGCGCCUCCGCCUCCUGCGGUGACUCAGGCGGCGGUGACGGCAGCGGAGGGGGCGAUGACGGGCGCGCGGGCGUCCGUCGCGGGCAUGAGCGGGGCAGGCAGGGCGCUGGCUGCGCUGCUGCUGGCCGCGUCCGUGCUGAGCGCCGUGCUGCUGGCCCCCGGCGGCUCUUCGGGGCGCGAUGCCCAGGCCGCGCCGCCACGAGACUUAGACAAAAAAAGACAUGCAGAGCUGAAGAUGGAUCAGGCUUUGCUAUUCAUCCAUAACGAACUUCUCUGGACCAACUUGACCGUCUACUGGAAAUCUGAAUGCUGUUAUCACUGCUUGUUUCAGGUUCUGGCAAACGUUCCUCAGAGUCCAAAAGCGGGGAAGCCUAGCGUUGCAGCUGCCUCUGUCAGCACCCAGCAUGGAUCUAUCCUGCAGUUGAACGACACCUUGGAAGAGAAAGAAGUUUGUAGGCUGGAAUACAGAUUUGGAGAAUUUGGAAACUAUUCUCUCUUGGUAAAGAACAUCCAUAAUGGAGUUAGUGAAAUUGCCUGUGACCUGGCUGUGAACGAGGAUCCAGUUGAUAGUAACCUUCCUGUGAGCAUUGCAUUCCUUAUUGGUCUUGCUGUCAUCAUCGCGAUAUCCUUUCUGAGGCUCUUGCUGAGCUUGGAUGACUUUAACAAUUGGAUUUCUAAAGCCGUAAGUUCUCGAGAAACUGAUCGCCUCAUCAAUUCUGAGCUGGGAUCUCCCAGCAGGACAGACCCUCUUGAUGGUGAUGUUCAGCCAGCAAUGUGGCGUCUGUCUGCCCUGCCGCCCCGCCUCCGCAGCGUGGACACCUUCAGGGGGAUUGCUCUUAUACUCAUGGUCUUUGUCAAUUAUGGAGGAGGAAAAUAUUGGUACUUCAAACACGCAAGUUGGAAUGGGCUGACAGUGGCUGACCUCGUGUUCCCGUGGUUUGUAUUUAUUAUGGGAUCUUCCAUUUUUCUGUCAAUGACUUCUAUACUGCAACGGGGAUGUUCAAAAUUCAGAUUGCUGGGGAAGAUUGCAUGGAGGAGUUUCCUGUUAAUCUGCAUAGGAAUUAUCAUUGUGAAUCCCAAUUAUUGCCUUGGUCCAUUGUCUUGGGACAAGGUGCGCAUUCCUGGUGUGCUGCAGCGCUUAGGAGUGACAUACUUUGUGGUUGCUGUGUUGGAGCUCCUCUUUGCUAAACCUGUGCCUGAACAUUGUGCCUCGGAGAGGAGCUGCCUUUCUCUUCGAGACAUCACGUCCAGUUGGCCCCAGUGGCUGCUCAUCCUGGUGCUGGAAGGCCUGUGGCUGGGCUUGACAUUCCUCCUGCCAGUCCCUGGGUGCCCUACUGGUUAUCUUGGUCCUGGGGGCAUUGGAGAUUUUGGCAAGUAUCCAAAUUGCACUGGAGGAGCUGCGGGCUACAUCGACCGCCUGCUGCUGGGAGACAAUCACCUUUACCAGCACCCAUCUUCUGCUGUGCUUUACCACACCGAGGUGGCCUAUGACCCCGAGGGCAUCCUGGGCACCGUCAACUCCAUCGUGAUGGCCUUUUUAGGAGUUCAGUGCUGCCCAGACUGGGUCACCAAACAGGCCUGUCUGAGGGAACCCUUGUCACCUUUGUGGGGAAUUCUCUUUGGGCCCUGCCUGGAAGCAGGAAAAAUACUAUUGUAUUAUAAGGCUCGGACAAAAGACAUCCUGAUUCGAUUCACUGCUUGGUGCUGUAUUCUUGGGCUCAUUUCUGUUGCUCUGACGAAGGUUUCUGAAAAUGAAGGCUUUAUUCCAGUAAACAAAAAUCUCUGGUCCCUUUCGUAUGUCACCACGCUCAGUUCUUUUGCCUUUUUCAUCCUGCUGGUCCUGUACCCAGUUGUGGAUGUGAAGGGGCUGUGGACAGGAACCCCAUUCUUUUAUCCGGGAAUGAAUUCCAUUCUGGUAUACGUUGGCCACGAGGUGUUUGAGAACUACUUCCCCUUUCAGUGGAAGCUGAAGGACAACCAGUCCCACAAGGAGCACCUGACUCAGAACAUCAUCGCCAGUGCCCUCUGGGUGCUCAUUGCCUACAUCCUCUAUAGAAAGAAGAUUUUUUGGAAAAUCUGAUGGCUCCCACUGAGAAUGUGCUGCUGGAAGACUCUAGUCGGCCUGCAGGGAGGACUGAAGCAGCCUUCAUUAAAGGGAAGCAUUCAUUAGGAAAUCGACGGGCUGCGUGUUUACAGACUCUGGGGGAAGACACUGAUGUCCUCAAACUGGUUAACUGUGACACGGCUCUCCAGAACUCUGCCUGUCUAUUUGUGACUUACAGAUUUCAAAUGUAAUUGUCUUUUUUCCUCCAUCUUCUGUGGAAAUGGAUGUAUUUGGAACUUCAUUCCAAGGAGAUGAGCUUUAACUUUCCAAAAGGGAAUUGCCAUGGGUGUUUUUCUUCUGUGGUGGAUGAAACAAUAUGAGGUCUGGUUCUUGCUGACCUUGUUUCCUUGCAAACUUCCUUUCCACAUGUACGUGCACACCAACACGAAAUGCCGUCACUCCUACUGCGGCUGCUAUGAAGCUUACUGGAUGUGAUGUGUUAUAAUUUAGUCUGUUUUUUUGAUUAAAUGCAGUUUAAUGUUUCCAGAAAGCCAAAGUAAUUUUCUUUUCAGAUAUGCAAGGCUUUGGUGGGUCCAAAAAAUGUCUAUCACAAGCCAUUUUUUCCUUUUCCUCUCUCAAAAAGUUAAAAUAUCUAUGUGUUAUUCGCAAACCCGCUUGCCUAUGUAUCUGCCUGUCUGUCCAUCAUCUUCCUUCCUCCCCAUCUCUCUGUGCAUCUGGAUGGCAGCCGCUGCCCAGGGGAGUGGCUGUGGGGAGGGCAGGUACUGUCUUUGCCUGUGGGUCCAGCUGAGCCAUCCCUGCUGGGUGAUGCUGGGCAAGACCCUUGGCCCGCCUGGGCCUUGGCUUCCUCACUUGUGAAAUGAGCGGGAAGACGACUCUCAGUUCCUUCCACCUCUUAGACAUGUUGAGGUAACAGACACCAAAAGCUUUUCUGAAAUCUUCAGAAGAAAUAGUUUCAUUACAGAAAACUCUUCAAAAUAAAUAAUAAUGAAAACUUUUAAAAACUCUCAUUGGAGUAAGUCUUUUCAAGAUGACCCUCCACAAUGGAGGCAGCGUUCCUACUUGUCAUCACGCAGCUGAAGACAUUGUUUCUUAGGUGUGAAAUCGGGGACAAAAGACAAACAGAGACACACGGCAUUGUUCAUGGGAGGCAUCGUCACCCUCCUGGGUGUUCUGUGGGAAUUUCCUGUGUGAGGAAAACGCGGCCACAGGGUUGUGCUGUACCCACCCUUCCCUGGCGAGACGGCCCUCGGCCUGUACCACUGCUUCCACCCUCGCCACUCCACGGCAGCUUUUGGUCUGUCUCCAGCUUUGCCCUCUGCCCUGAACUCUCGUCCAGCUUGUACCUGCUUGCUGGACCCCUCCACCUGGAGGCCAGCCCAUGUCUCAGGCCCAGCCAUACCCUCUUCUCCUCAAAUUCUAAGUGUUUUCUCUUUAGGUUUCCCUGGCUUUGUGAAUGGAUCAUGCGUCUCUAGGUAUAAACCUGCCAUCAUCUUUCCGCCCGCCUCACCUCCACCAGAUCUCCCCAGUUCUGUCUCCAUCUUCCACCUGCAGCUGCUCUGUUCUCAUGGUCACUGCUGCAUCACUGAGUCUGGACCCUUGUUAUCAUUUUCAAACUGGCCUCCUUCCCUCAUUCCCCCCUUAAAGCCACCUGUCCAUUACCACCAGAUUAAGCUUUCUCCAGCCAGAUCACUUCUCUUUGAGAAACCUCCAUUGACAUGGAAACACCAUUGUCUGGCGCACAUACUCACAUACUCACCUUCCCGUCUUGAUCCCCACACAUCUUUCCAGCCUCCCCUCCCCUCCACUCCCCCCUCCCUAUCCUCUCGUCUCCCCUCCCCUCUGAAUCCAGCCCAGCGGGGCUUCUCCUGCCUCCAUCACAUCACAGAAAUACCUCCUGCUUCUGGUUUCAAUUAGAGCCUUCCCUGAUUACAUUUUCCUCUGAAUUUUUUCCUAUCUGCAUUUGAUCUGUCAUGUUUAAACCCCCUACUUCGAAGGGACCUUCUCUAAUCUCUUAUUCUCAUCCCCAAAUAGUGUUUUCUUCCUCUGGGUUCUUAUAAUGUUGGUAUCAAUCUCACAGCAUUUAGUGCUUCCUGCCUGGUGUGACAGUUACCUGGGUGCAUGUGCAAUUUCUAAUUUCCCACACUAGACUGUGAGCUUCCUAAGGCAAGAAUCAUGCCUUGUUGGUUUCUGUAUUCCUCAUGGUGCCAAACACAGUGCCUUGUACAUUGCAGGCACUGAAUAAACAUUUUUAAAGCAAA